GAAGACGAAGCGCUUUCGGAGAAGGAGAAAAAACGAAUCAGUGUCGAAGAAUGUCGUCGAUCUUUACCAAUUUAUCCUUUCAAAGAGGAUCUUAUCAAAGCGGUCAGUGAACAUCAGAUAAUUAUUAUCGAAGGCGAGACGGGAUCUGGCAAAACUACUCAAAUUCCUCAAUAUUUGCAUGAAGCGGGUUAUUGCGCUGAUGGGAAGAAGGUCGGCUGCACUCAGCCACGACGUGUCGCAGCCAUGAGUGUCGCGGCUCGCGUCGCCUAUGAAAUGAACGUAAAAUUGGGGCUACAAGUUGGCUAUAGCAUUCGUUUCGAGGACUGUACUUCUGAGAAGACUUUGAUCAAGUACAUGACCGACGGUAUGUUGUUGCGGGAGUUUCUUUCAGAGCCGGACAUGCAGGGUUACAGCGUGAUUAUCAUCGAUGAGGCACAUGAACGGACUUUGCACACUGAUAUCCUCUUUGGACUGGUCAAAGAUAUCGCCCGGUUCCGGACCGACCUAAAGCUGUUGAUCUCGAGCGCGACGAUCGACGCUGAGAAGUUCAGUACGUUCUUCGACGACGCGCCGAUCUUCCGCAUCCCGGGCCGUCGCUUUCCUGUCGAUAUAUACUAUACAAGGGCACCAGAGGCAGACUACAUCGACGCAUCGAUCAUCUCCGUUUUGCAGAUUCACUUGACACAGCCGCUACCCGGCGAUAUCCUUGUUUUCUUGACCGGUCAAGAGGAGAUCGAUGCCGUACAGGAAGCGCUGCAGGAGAGGUGCCGCCUGAUCGGUACAAAAAUGAAGGAGCUGAUUGUGACACCAAUCUAUGCGAACCUUCCGUCUGAUAUGCAGGCGAAGAUCUUUGAUCCGACACCGUCGAAUGCUCGAAAAGUGGUACUGGCGACCAACAUCGCUGAGACGUCAGUAACAAUCGACGGCAUCAGCUACGUGAUCGACCCCGGCUUCUGCAAACAGAACAGUUAUGAUUUUCGCCGGGGCAUGGAAUACCUCCACGUAGUUCCCAUUUCAAAGGCAUCAGCUAAUCAGCGUGCUGGUAGAGCUGGCAGAACUGGUCCCGGCAAAUGCUUUCGACUUUACACUGCUUGGGCGUAUCAAAAAGAAUUGGAAGAUCAGCCGGUUCCUGAGAUCCAACGAACGAACCUCGGCAACGUUGUGUUGAUGCUCAAAUCAUUGGGCAUCAAUGACCUGAUCCAUUUCGACUUUUUGGAUCCCCCGCCCCAAGAGGCCCUUGUUCUGGCUUUGGAGCAGCUUUACGCCUUAGGCGCGUUGAAUCACCGUGGCGAGUUGACCAAACUCGGCCGCAGAAUGGCCGAAUUUCCGAUCGACCCUAUGAUGGCCAAGAUGCUGAUGGCCUCUGAAAAGUUUCACUGUUCUGAAGAAGUACUGACGAUUGCAGCAAUGUUGUCCGUAAACAGUGCCAUUUUUUACCGGCCAAAAGACAAAAUCGUCCAUGCAGACACGGCGCGACAGAGCUUUUGGUCUCCUGCUGGCGAUCAUCUGACGCUUUUGAACGUUUAUAACCAAUGGAAAGAUACGGACUACUCUACGCAGUGGUGCUAUGAAAAUUUCAUCCAGCAUCGAUCAAUGAAAAGAGCUCGUGAUGUUAGGGAUCAACUUGAAGGUCUGAUGGAUCGGGUCGAGGUCGAGAUCGAAUCGAAUCCGGGAGACACCGUCGGCAUUCGAAAGUCCGUUACCGCCGGCUAUUUCUACCACACAGCGCGACUCAGCAAAAGUGGCCAGUACCAAACAGUCAAAAAUCCAAACACGGUGUUCAUUCACCCUAACAGUUGCCUGUUCGAAGACCGACCGAGGUGGAUCAUAUACCACGAACUGGUCUUCACAACGAAGGAAUUCAUGCGUGAGGUUAUUGAGAUCGAAAAUGUGUGGCUUUUGGAGGCGGCUCCUCAUUACUACAAGCAAAAGGAAAUCGAAGAUUCUACAAAUAAAAAGAUGCCGAAAACCGUCGGCAGAUCUCAGGAAGAAUUACCGUCGAACAAGAUGAUAGCUGAAGGAUAA